AUGGCUAAUAUCAUGAGAUGGGUCACAAAGGCGCUUCGAAAGCCUCCCUUCCCUCCCCUUAUAUUUCCCACCGGUGGUUACCAGACCGUUCCUCCCUCGGAGGUACUUGAGGAGGAACGAUUUGAGCAAUUCAAACAGGGACAAUAUUAUCCUGCUAAUAUCGGCGAAGUUCUCACUUCCAAAUAUCAGGUCAUCGGUAAACUUGGUUUUGGGACAAUUUCGACCGUAUGGCUAGCUCGCGAUCUUGAGGAGCUCAUGGCACCCUCGUCAUGCUCAUAUAAGGAAAGCACUGAAUAUCUUCACACUCCCCUCUUCGGGGGUAACCAUUCGUGUCUUGUUCAGAUCCCGAUGUGGGAGAGCUUUCGGGAUCUUCUUUAUCGUAAUCCUUACCAUCGAUUCACUGAAGACCUCCUCAAAUCUGGCCUUAUGCAAAUACUUCUUGCACUUGACUACCUACACACUGAAUGCAAGCUUGUCCAUACAGACAUAAAAAGCGAUAAUAUUCUCCUGGAAAUAGAAGACCAGUUCAUCCUUGAAAGUUUUACCCAAGCUGAGCUGAAGAGCCCUUCACCCCGCAAAAUCGUCAAUGAUUUACCGAUCUACAACUCGCGAUGUUUUGACUUACCGAAGGUAUUUGGCCGAGCAAUUUUAAGUGAUUUUGGAUCUGCUGUAAAAGGAGAUGAGAAAAGGAACCACGAUGCACAGCCAAAUGUUUAUAGAUCACCGGAGGUAAUGCUGAAGACUGAUUGGAGCUACCCGGUUGAUAUAUGGAAUGUUGGUGUCAUGGUAUGCUCUGCCUAUCACUCCUCUCUCUCGUCAUCAGUACUAACCCUGUGGGAUGACAGGGUAUUCGACACGGGCGCACUUGCAGAAGUUAUGGGUUUUCUAGGGCCACCUCCUUUAGAUAUGCUCCAACGUGGGAAACGAAGCCAUGAAUUCUUUACAAGCGAUGGGAAAUGGAAACAGGACAUAGAAAUCCCGGCGGGGGUCAGUCUGGAGCUGUCGGAAGAGUUCCUCGAUGGAAAAAAUAAGGAGAUGUUUAUAGCUUUCAUGAGAGGGAUGCUUCAGUGGCGACCUGAAGACAGGAAGACAGCAAAGGAGCUACUUCAGGAUCCAUGGCUGAAUGAUUAG